CUCUGUUUCUAGGGCUUUUGGCGAUGGCGGGGCAGAAUGGAGCCCACGGACUGGGUGGAAUGCUGCUAACGCUACCGUGAUCAAUACGUUGGAUUCCCUUCUCUUUGUUUUUUCUUUGCUCUCUCGCCGCGGAGAAAGAGUGCUGUGGGCUUUUUCUUCCUCUUUUUCCUGUUUCUCUCGCUUUUCCUCUUGAUCCGUUGCGUCCAGGAGAGAGAAACCGAGGAAUCGAAGGCGCUGUGCCACGGAGAAUCGAGCGGCAAUCGGGCAUUGCAAUCGCUUUCUCGUCGCUGGUGAUGCUCGCUGUUCUUGUUUUCCCCCAGUUUUCGGUUUGGAGCAGUACUUGGAACGACUUUUCCUUUCCUUGGGAACGAUCUGUUUGAUCGAAGAGAUUCCUUCUUGUUUUCCCUGUGCUUUGGGUGUCGAUCGGUUUUGGAGAACAUCUUUACGUUGUCAGCGUCCGGUGGGUCGUUUCAAGGGAGUUUUCCCUCUUUUUCUGUCCUGGAAGAUCACGCAUUUGUUGUGUGGGGUGUGGAACAAAGCGAUCAUCUUCGCCAAUAGAGAAGACUUGAGUGUGAAGAAAGGAAGCUAGCUAGCUAUGGUCGGAUCGAUGAAGAAGAGGAGCUUCGCGUGCUUUCCAUCCAGCUCCGCCUCGAUUGCAAUGGCCUCCUCGUCCUUCUGCGACCCAUUCGACGAUCUCCCCAUCUCGGACUCCAUCUCGGACACCACCACCUCCGACAAGGAUCAAUCCGAGCAGCAGCAGCAGCAGUUCCUCCUCGCCACCGCGAUCGAUCAACCCCGCCCCAGCAGCUCCUCCAGAUCCUCCGCGGGCUUCCGCUGCCUCCUCUCCUUCAAGCCCCACGCGUCUGGCAUCUGCGCGCUCGCCAUCUCCGACCACUCGCUCUACUCGGGCUCCGAGGAUGGCCUCGUCUGCUCGUAUCGCCUCGCCGAUCUCCAGCCCAGCGAUCGCCUCGCCGCUGCCUCCUCGGGCUCCGUCAAGGCCCUCCUCGUACGCCGCGCCGGCCUCGAGAUCUACAGCGCCCACCAGGAUCACAAGAUCCGGGCUUGGAGCCGGGCAUCGCCAUCGCCACCAUCGCAGCACCGCUUGAUCGCCACACUCCCCACCAUCCGGGACGUGGUGGCGACCUCCAUCCGCGGCAGCAAGGGCCUGGUGAGGAUCCGGCGCCACCGCAAGAGCCCCUGGAACCAGCACUUCGACACCAUCUCGUCGCUGGCCGUGGACGAGGCCGCCGGGAUCCUCUACUCGGGCUCCUGGGACCGAUCGCUCAAGGCGUGGCGGCUGCGCGACCUGCGCUGCCUGGAAUCCAUCGGGGACGCUCACACGGACGCGAUCAACGCGCUGGCGGUGGCGCCGCGAGGUGGGUUCCUGUUCUCGGCCUCGGCGGACUCGUCGGUCAAGGUGUGGAGGCGGGGGAAGUGCGAUCGAUCGAGGAAGAACCACAAGAACACGAAGGGAUUGAGCGAUGGCCUGAGCUUCGUGGUGGAGCUCGCGCAGCCCAGCCCCGUGAAUUGCAUCGCGCUGUGGGGGAGCUGGGUCUACGCGGGGUGCAGCGAUGGGAGGAUCUCGGUGUGGAUGGUGGCGAUCGAGCAGGAGGACGAAGCAUCGCCUCCGCGAGGAGCAGAGGACCCAUCAUCGUCGGAGUCCGGGGAAGAGGAAAACCAGGGAAUUAGGGUUCUUCGCGAAGAGCCAGAGAUUAGGGUUUAUCGCGAGGAAUUUGCGGCGCUGUGCGGGCAUUCCAUGUCAGUGCUGUCGAUCUCGGCGGCGCGCGACGUCGUGUGCAGCGGAUCCGCGGAUCGGACAAUCCGGGUGUGGAGGCGCGAGGACGAGCGGCAUUCCUGCGUGUGCGUGGUCCAGGAUUUGCACAGCCGCUGCCCGAUCAAGAGCGUCAUCGUCUCGAUCGAGGGGAUUGUGGACGGAUGCAUGGUCUACAGCGGCGGGCUGGAUGGAUUCCUCAAGGCGUGGUGGGUGUCGCUGAGGAGCAAGCCCAAGAUCUUUGGCGAGAGCCCUUGCUCUGUUCUAGACUAUCGGUGAGAGAGAGACACGCUCGUAGAGAAAAAAGUUUUUCUUAGUGUUUGGCACCUAGAAAGAAAUCUCAGAUGUAACCAAAAUGCCUGCU